AUGCGGAGAUCUAAAAGAACAGCUACAGGUUCCGAAAUAAUUACAUAUUUAUUAGAAAAACCAAGAGUUGUAUUUCAAGAUGAAGGUGAAAGAAAUUUUCAUAUUUUUUAUCAAUUAAUUCAAGGAUUAGAUAAUGAUUUAAAAAAUAAAUUUAAUAUUGGUAUAUUAGAUAUAUUCGGAUUUGAAAGUUUUAGAGAAAAUCAUUUCUCCCAAUUCUGUAUUAAUCUAACAAAUGAAAAAUUACAAAGAUUCUUUAAUAAAUUUUUAUUUGAAUUAGAACAAUAGGAAUAUUCAAAAGAAGGAAUAGAUAUUAGUACUAUUGAUUUUGUUGAUAAUUAG